CGACUUGCAGAAAUAAAAGAAUGAUCUUUUCUUUACUACUCCUUGCGUGUCCAAACUCUUGAGCCAUGAAGAGAAUUAUAUAGAUAGAUAGAUAACUAUACAAUCUUCCAUGUUCAUAUACGCUUUCAGUAGCAGUGUUUUUACCGCGUUGGGUUGAGAGCCUGGUAAGGCUUUAGCAUAAAAGUUCACAUUGAGGUCGUCUUUGUGUUUAUAAAUUUAAAAUACAAUCACAGACAUACCCCGGUCUUUCUCCUCCUCCCCCCUUUUCAACUUGUCCAGAAAAGCGAUAGGAUCAUAGCGUCCUUAUAUCCUUGAUAUUCCGUUGUCGUCAUUGGUUAAUGUUUUCUUAAUUAUAUCAGGAAAAUAUGUCAUUUAGAAUUUAUUACCUUAUUACAUACCUUAUUUUCUUGUUUUAUCAAUGACACUACAUAAAUACUGCAUUUGAUAGUAUUUAAAACCUCUUCUUGGUCUCUAGAAAUCUUGGCCUUAACCGUUUACCACGCAUGGAUGGAUGCCAGCAUUUUUUUGAAAUAUAAUUGAAAUCCUAAACGUAAUUGAGAAUGCUGAGAUGAAUCAGCGACUCGUGUCAUGACUAGGCUAACGCUUCCAGUAACUUUCCAGGCAUUGUUGGGCGUUUUGAUUUAUUAAAAAAGUGGAUCUUUUUCUGAUGGGAGAAUAGGAUACAAAUGAUAAAAUAAGAACGGUUGAUAAAUAUUCUUGAUUCGAAUGUAAUAAGAUUCAUCUGUGGUGGUGUAAAAUAAAGAACAACUUUACUAUGGAUGAGUUUGACGGUGAUAAUGAGUGCUGGAAGUGGUUCACAUUAUUAAGGAAUUCAAUGAAUUACAAGCAAAAUAAAUUUAAGGAAAUUGUACAUCGUAUUACCAUCAGAAAUAGUUUUACUAUUGUUCUCUUGGUGCAGCUAGUGAUUUUAAUGACUUGGGGUCUCUACCCUGUCACUAAGCCAAAGGAACGAACAGACGCUUUGCUUUAUCUCUCGACAGACGACCCCAGACUACUCUUGUUGAAUUCGCUGGCAGAGCGAGAAACUGGAUAUGACUACAUCAAUAAACAUUAUGAGAACCUCCGAAUCGUGUUUCAACAAAUGGACAGUAUCAUCAAAGAAGAUAAAAAGUCGAUUCUAUCAUUCAUAGCCCAGCCGAUUAUAAACAAUCACAGCUUCAGCUAUCUCCACAACCCUGACAAAACGUGUGUGAAUGCUAAGACGGAGAUUUUAAUUGUGGUGCCCUCUGCGCCUGGAAAUUUUGAGAACCGCUUAAAUAUAAGAUAUAGCGAUUACAUCAAUUUUACCAGAAAUGCAGAGAACAAAGCGAGACUCUUGUUUUUCCUGGGACAGACAAAGUCCGAUGAAAUGCAAAGCAAGAUAGACGGGGAAUCGGCUGCGUAUGAAGAUAUCGUGCAGGAGUCCUUCGAAGACGUCUACCAGAAUAUUCGAUACAAAGCAGUAUCGAUGCUAAAGUGGGCCAACACGUUUUGCCCCCAGGCUCAGUACGUCAUACGAAGCGACGAUGACGUCCUGGUAAAUCUGAGCGCGGUCACGGGGUCUCUCAAAGCUACUCACAAAAACUUUUCGAACUUCAUCCUAGGGCGCGUGCGCUUUCACGACGCCCCGACGAGGAAUAAAAAAGAGAAGUAUUACUUAUCCGAACAGGAAUACCCGGAAAGGUGGUUCCCGCCGUUCGCGCUAGGUGGACUCCUGGGUUAUCCGAUGUUGACUGUGAAACUCUUGUAUCAGGCGGCACUUCGAGAAAAGCCUAUAUGGUUAGACGAUGUCUUUAUUACUGGCAUUUGUGCCCCUAAAGUAGGAGUUAGACUUAUAAACGAGAGCUCUUUUGCAUUCAUGCACAAAGGAAAAUGGGCGCAUUAAAAAUUGACUAUUUUAAGUUUCCCCAUUACGUCCCAUGCAAAACAAAAACCCAGCCAGAUUGAUAUUGAGUUAUAUUAGUUAUAUGUCACAAGCCAAAAAGCCAAAUGCUAUUGCACUGACAUGGAUAUUAUUCGUUAAAAUAGAAAUAAAAUUCACCAAAUUCUCUUUAAUUCAGUAUUGUCUACCGCCUGCUAAGCAAAAGGAUCAACCACAAAUCUUUUAGCAGACACAGGCAAUGCUGCAAUGCUCCAGACCAACACGAGUCCUGAGUGCAAUCGGAUUUCCAUUUUAAAUGAGAUUGUGUUCAUUUUCAAUGAUGCGUCAACUGAAGCUGAAACAUUGUCUGACCGGAAAUAUGCAAGACUCAAAAGAUGAUUAUAAAUCGUAUAAUAUCACAAUAGAGUACAUAGGGCUUUUAUUCAACUCCACUGUGGCAGUGGCUUAAACUCCGAGUUUGUAUUUCAAACUACGUUCUUGUUUGUGUUUUUUUCGUAUCUUCCAUACGUUCUGAGAUAGUGACUCUGCGGAGAUACUAUUUAUUGCAGAAUAAAUAUUGAUAUUAAUUAUACCAACUACAAAGACUACUUUACUUUCAGCGCUUCCAAUAACAGUAUUUGAAUUCAAGAAAAAAAAAUCGUUAUCCCAGAGUUUACAUUUUUCAUGACAAGAUACAAUACUCUCAAAAUUUAUUAUGGAUCAACCUAUUUAUUAUAUUUAUUUAGUUCUUUACUUUUAAUUUUACAAUCCUGACAGCGAGAAAAAGUUUUAAACUAUCAUCAGUUAAACUUGUAUUCUUUAUUGACUUUUUCAAUUAUGAUCU